AUGUAUCGCCGCGUCAAUGCUCACGCAACUGCAGCAGUGGCGGCUGCGGCCAGUGCCGCCGCCGUGCAAGUGCGGGCAAUCUCGGAGUAUAAGUUCGGACAGGCGCCUCUGACAACGCCUUGGAGCGGUCCCUCGCGUCUGUCCUCUCCGACAGAGUCGAAGUCCGUGUCUGAUCAAAAGGUGAAGGUUUCUCAGCUGCACAACGGUGCUCGCGUUAUUACGCAGCAACGCGAUGGAGCGAUGGUGUCUGUUGGCGCCUACAUUCUUGCGGGGCCCGCGUACGACCCGGUGGGCUGCCCGGGUGUGCACGGCCUGCUGCACCUUGCCCUGACGACGAGCAACUACAACAACUCGCUUUUUCAACUCGACCGCGAGAUUCGGAGCACGGGGACCGCCUUCUCCCACUUUGAGAAGGACAAGCACUUUAUUUGUCUCCGCCUCGACGCACGCGCUGAUAUGUGGCGGAGUCAAAAGACUGGCAAAAAAGACGACAAGAACCAGUUUACGCUAAAUCUUGUGCAGGACACAAUUUUCACCGCCAUUGCCGCUCCGCGAUUUCAUGAGACAGACAUUGAACGCUUUCGUGACACGGUGGAUAACAAUCUUAAGGAAAUGAAGUGGCAAGCGCCCGAGGAGUACGCCAUCCAGAGGCUUGAGACGGUCGCAUUUCAUAAGGAGCCACUCGGUAAUCCACGGCACGUGCCGGAAAACAACAAUGGCAAUAUCACUAAUAAGGUUCUCUUGGAGCAGUACGCCCAGUACGUGACACCUGAUCGAGUCAUCAUUGCUGGGGUGAAUGUUAACCAUGAUGAGCUCAUCACUGAGUACGAAAACACGCCGUACACGCACUCCAUCAACGCUCCACACCAUGCCGCGUUUGCAAAUCAGAACCGCGCGACUUCCUUCGACGUCAACAAAGAGAAUAACCAGUACACUGGUGGCGAGGCACAUGAGCAUGAAAAUCGCGCCAAGGAGAUGGGGACCAAGCCAGAUAUGGAUAAUGAAACAAUUGUUGCUGUUGGUUAUCUCUCAUUUGGUCGGGGAAUGACCUCAAUCAAGCGCUAUGCCGCGUCCCUCGUGUAUCAGCAGUUGUACAAUAUUCUUAUCCAAGAUUGUUUUCGUGGCGCAUUUGGUGGAUCCAGCAAUGGAGUGCGCUCCUUCUACCUUCCAUACCAGAGCGCGGGCCUUAUUGGUUUUACGGCGAGGUCUGAGCCGGAGAAUAUUGUGAAGAUGGUGACGGCGGCAAUGCGGGAUAUGCAAGCGCUGAAGUUGGACGACGCAGCGGCAGUGGAGAGGGCGAAGCAUCGCGCUGCUAUAGAGGCUAUGGACCGAAACUGGAACACGGUUCGUGAUCUGUGCGACUACAUGGGUACCAGUCUGCCUCUUACUUCGAUGGCGCAGAACUCCACGCAGUAUAUGAAGCCAGAGGAAGUGCUUGAUGCCAUUCGUGCUGUUACCCCUGCAGAGCUGAAGCAAGUGAAGGAAGCUGCCAUGGGUUCGAAGCCGUCUUUGUUCGGGCAUGGUGAGAUGCUGGCGUUCCCAUCCCUGCGUCAGAUGGGAUUUUGA